GCGGUCAUGGCUCUCCUGUCGGUGCUCACGCCAGUCCUGGCGCUGGUCCUCUGCAUUGCGAUUGGCUUUAUGCUGUUGAAAUCCCGGGAGACAGAAACCACCUCAACAGCAAAGGCCAACACUAAAGGGCAGUCCAAAACGGACUUCAGACCGUGGGUGGACCAGGACUUGCAGGAUGAUACAGAAACAACAAGCGGAGGAAAAGAUGAUGAUGAAUGGGUGGACAGUAGUGAGGAAGAGGAACUUGCACACGUGCCCUACUCACCACCCCGUUACCCCGAGGAGCAAAGUCUACAGAGAUCCAAGGAUUUUUACACCUUGAUGAACCAGAGGAGGUCUGUCAGAUUCAUCAGCCCAGAGCCGGUCCCACGUGAAGUCAUCAAUAACGUCAUACUCACCGCCGGUACUGCACCCAGUGGAGCGCACACAGAGCCCUGGACAUUUGUUGUGGUGUCGGAUCCAGAGAUGAAGCACCAAAUCAGGCUGAUAGUUGAGGAAGAAGAGGAGAUGAACUACCGCCAGAGGAUGGGAGAUAAAUGGGUUCAAGACUUGGCCAAAUUACGAACAAACUGGAUUAAGGAAUACUUGGAUGUUGCUCCAUACCUGAUACUAAUCUUUAAACAGACCUAUGGGAUUCUGCCAGGUGGAAAGAAAAAGACACACUAUUACAAUGAAAUCAGUGUCUCCAUAUCAUGUGGGAUUCUGCUUGCUGCCUUACAGAGCAGCGGUGGAGAAGAACGGCGACCAAAGCGCCGCUACGAAAUGGCCGGGCAACAGUUCCAGUAUGAUGACAGCGGCAACACCUUUUUCUAUUUCCUAACGUCCUUCGUCGGACUUAUUGUUAUCCCGGCUACAUAUUACCUCUGGCCGCGGGAUCAGAAUGCUGAACAACUGCGCCUGAAGAGCCUGCGGAGGGUCCACGGCAGGUGUCUGUGGUAUCGGCUGCGGCUGAUGAAGUCACAGCAGAGUAUUGUCCCGACACUAAAGAAAGCAGCCUUACUGUUUGGGUGGGCUGUGUUCCUGCUGCUAGCCUACAAGGUGUCCAAGCUGGACCGAGAGUACCAGGAAUACAAUCCAUACGAAGACCUCAACUUGGACCCGGAUGCAUCGUUGGCAGCUAUUAAGAAGCAAUAUCACAUUCUGUCUCUGAAGUACCACCCUGACAAAGGUGGUGAUGAGGCCACAUUCAUGAGGAUUGCCAAAGCUUAUGCUGCUCUAACCAACGAACAGUCGCGACAGAACUGGCAAACGUACGGUAACCCCGACGGCCCUGGAGCCACCAGUUUCGGCAUCGCUCUGCCCGCCUGGAUUGUCGACCAGAAGAACUCGAUGCUGGUGCUUUUGGUGUAUGGACUGGCCUUUAUGGUCAUCCUUCCAGUGGUUGUGGGCACGUGGUGGUACCGCUCCAUCCGAUACAGCGGAGACCAGAUCCUCAUCAACACCACCCAGCUCUUCAUGCAUUUCAUGUACAAGACGCCAAACAUGAACAUGAAGCGGUUGACCAUGGUGUUGACGGCUGCCUUUGAGUUUGACCCUCGCAGCAACAAAGAAGCCACCAUUAGACCCACAGACAACAUCGAAGUGCCACAGUUGAUCCGUGAAUUAGGAAAUAUCAAUGUAAAGAAGAAGGAGCCUCCUUUCUGUUACCCCUACAGUCUGAAGGCCCGGGUGUUGGUGCUGGCCCAUUUGGCCCGCAUGGACGUGUCAGAGGAGCUGGAGGAAGAUCAGAGGUUUGUAGUGAGGAAGAGUCCAGCGCUCCUGCAGGAGAUGAUCAACGUGGGCUGCCAGCUCACGAUGAUGGCAAACAGCAGAGGAGGUUUCCACGCUCCGCGACUUGUAACCAUCGAGAACUGUAUGAAGCUGACUCAGAUGGCGGUGCAGGGCCUGCAGGAGUCCAAGUCACCACUGCUGCAGCUGCCUCAUUUUGAGGAGGAGCACCUGCGCUACUGCAUUUCUAAGAAGUAUAAAGUGCGCACCCUGCAGGACCUGGUGAGCCUGAAGGACUCCGACAGACGCAGCAUGCUGCGCUUCCUCGGCGAGGAGAAGUACGAUGAGGUCAUGGCUGUGCUGGGCAGCUUCCCUCACCUCACUAUGGAUACCAAACUGCAAGUCCUUGAUGAUGAGGACAGCAACAACAUCACAGCGGGCUCAAUUGUCACAGUGACUGUCACUUUAACCAGGAAACGAAUGACUGACAUGUUUGAAAAAGAGCAGGACUCUACGCAAUGUCCGGGAGAGGACACUGCCAAUCCAGAGGAAACGCAAGGAGACACGAGUAAAGCAAAAACCAAAGUGUGGCAAAACAAGAAUAAAGGCGCUAAGAAGACAGCCAAGUCAAAGAAGAAAAAACUAACAAAGAAGAAAGCAACUCCUGCUCCUGCCAAAUCCAAGCAGGCUAAUGGCAACAUAGCAGGAAAUGAAAUUGCUGCAGCGUCAUCAGCAGCAGCAGCAAAGGAGGAAGAGGACGAAGCCUCGGACAAAGGCAGCGAGUCAGAGGAGGGUGAAGCCAACAAGGAUUCUCCCAGCGAGAGAGACGAAGACAGCGACAAACAAAGUGACACCGAGGUUGACGAGAUGGCCGGCGACGACGAGGAGGAGUGGGAGGCGUUGCAGCAAAGCAUCCAGCGGCGAGAGCGUGCGCUGCUGGAAACCAAGUCCAAGGUGACGCAUCCGGUCUACAGCCUCUACUACCCGGAGGAGAAGCAGGAGUGGUGGUGGCUCUAUAUCGCUGACCGCCGAGACCAGACCCUGGUCUCCAUGCCGUACCACGUUUGCACGCUAAAAGACACAGAGGAGGUGGAACUCAAGUUUCCAGCUCCCUCGAAAACGGGCAACUAUCAGUACUCUGUCAUCCUCCGUUCUGAUUCCUACCUGGGACUCGACCAGAUCAAACCACUUAAGUUGGAAGUCCAUGAGGCCAAGGCCAUGCUGGACAACCACCCCCAGUGGGACAUCCCUGACACGGAGGAGGAGGACGAGGAGCAGGAGGACAGCGACGGCAUCGAGGAAAGCGACGACGACGACGAGGACAACGACUGAAUGUGUGGACACGUGCGUUCAGCCCCCCCCCUCUCUUGGACCGGCCACCCAUCCACUAGUGACUAGGAGCAGCGAAGCUGUGCCUGCCGCAAACAAAGCCACACACACACACACACACACACACACAAUAAAUAAC